AUUUUUAUACAUAUGAAUAAAUAAUUAAAGUAUAAUUUUAUAAAAGUACAAUACCCUAUAUCUUUAUAUCAUAUUUAGCAGCAUCUGUGCAUUACGAUUAUAUCAUAUAAUUCAUUUCUUUUAAUGUGUCUCUGAAAACUGAAAAGUUUUUCCUAUUUUCUUAAUUAUUCCUAAUCUUAUUCGAACCGAACGCAAUGAUCAUGAGAAUAAGUCUUCCCCGGAAAAUCAAUCUUGAUGUCAAAAAUACCUAUUACAGUAAAUAAUGAGAUACUUUAAACAUAGAUCAUAACGUACAUCUUUUUUUAAUUUCAAUAAUUUGAAAUAUGCCAAAAUGAGUUAAUAGAUGACAUCAGAAAAUAAAGUUUUAAUUGAAUAAAAUUAUCGUUAGAAUUAAAAGUAAAUUCGCGUACACGAAUAAUCGCGCUAUUUUGUGGUAGAAAAUUAUUCCUGUCACUUCCGAAAUUUGUGUCCUUUGAAAUUUGAUUUGAUCAGCGUGGUUGUUGACAUCUGUUUGAAAUAAAUAAGUCUAUCGAACUAUUCUUGAGAAGUGACAGUCGUCAAAGUCAUAUAACGUUCGGACGCAUUGCAUGAACGUGUUCCAUAUAUUUUCCAUAAGUAAAAUAAUACCGUUAUAAAUAGUCUAUAUCUUUGCGCACGAAUAAUUUGUAUAAUUAAGAGAUAGGAGUGAAAAAGAAAUAUUCGUUAAAUAUAAGAACAAUGGAAAACAAGACUGCCUGCAAGUUUAAGCAUCACGUCAGUUUGUCAGCACUGGAACCUCACGAUGAUGCCAUUACAGCUUUAAGCUUUCAUCCGAAAGCUGAUCAUCUCGCAUCAGGUAGCUUGGAUACAACUGUAAAAUUGUGGAAAUUCAACCCUUGUAGUCUACCUAAAAAGUUUACAGCCCACGAAAGCGGUAUCGCGGAUGUAUGCCAUUCAGAUGAGCUUAUAGCCAGUGCUUCAGAAGAUGGAUAUGUCAGAGUUUGGGUUCCUAAGCUUAAGAAACAUUCGUUAUUCUUUGGAUUUCACGAGUCUGCCGUGAGAUCGGUACACUUUAGUCCAUGUGGAGAAAAGUUGGUUACCGCAUCGGAUGACAAAAGUAUUAAUCUGUGGUCACCAAAUAACAUGACAAUCCUCGGCAGAUUUAAUGAGCACUCACAUGGGGUGAGGUGCGCUAAAUUUUCUCCGAAUGGUAAACUGUUGAUAUCGUGUAGCGACGACAAAACGACAAAAUUGUGGGACAUUACUAGCGGGAAAUGUGUCCAAACUUUUUCUAGUCAGAAAAUUGUUAUGAGAACAGGUUCAUCAUCAGAAGUUUGCCCUAGAUAUGUAGAAUUUCAUCCAAAUGGCACAACUGUUGCAUCAGGACACGAGGAUGGAUGUGUUUUUUUGUUUGAUUUAAGAGCAAACUCUUUACUUCAGUAUUAUAUUGUUCAUACGGGAGACGUGAACAUGAUCAAAUUCCAUCCAAAUAGAAACAUCUUGUUGACAGCUGCUGACGACUCUACAAUGAAGAUUUUAGAUCUCUUGGAAGGCCGUGAAAUUUCUACUCUCCACGGCCAUAAUGGGGCCGUAACAUGCAUAGCAUUUUCAAACGAUGGCAUGCUUUUAGCUUCUGGUAGCACAGAUCAACGUGUUCUACUGUGGAGAUUUAACAAUUUAUAUAUGGAUCCCCAAUUCAAUUCGACUCUACAGUUAAUGUCCAGCCUUUUGCCUAUCGAACGUGACAUUGUGGAUGCAAACUCAAACAGCGACGAACAACAAAAGGAAAAUAUAUAAAAGAAAGUAAUAACUUGAUACGCAAGUAUACUCUAUUAAACUAUAGAAAUUAACGCUUGCAUUUAAAAAAAAACAAUGCUACUAGAUCAUAUCAGGAACUGUUAAUUAUAUAAGAUAUAUCAUUUUAGUGGUUAUCACAACAAAUAAAAGUUGGAUUUAAAACACCAAACUAUUAAUGUUUAACAUGAAACCUGAAGUGGAGAAAUGGAAUAUCGACGAAGUCGACUCUCGAGCAAAUUGUGUCAAAGCAAACAUGCCAGUUCCACAAGAUCGAACAUCGCGCGAUGUGACACCGUACUUCAGAUUUAAUCAAUCUGAAGUAGAGACACUCUUGAAUGAACUUUUAGUUCAGUUAUCAUAAUUAGAAAACAGUUAAUACCAUAAAAAAAAACCGACAAUACAAGCUGUGCUGCCCGAUGUCUUGGAAUAAUAUGUAUAUGCAAUAUUUAACUGAUUAAUUUUCCAAACAGAAUUUAAAUUUAAUAUUUUUAUAAUGCAUGUUAUAAAAUGCGAAGAAAUUUGCUGACAAUUAUUAUUUCGAUUUUCGAUGCUUUAUUAUACAUAUGUUAUACACGGUUGUGGGAAUGUUACUUU